UAGCCUCCUGCUAAAGAAAUGAUGUAUUAUUUGUGAUAUGGUGGUCAGUUAUAUAGUUUAUGAACCAAAGAUUUAGUUCCCAUUUUUCCCUUUUUGUAUACACUCUGUUCAACAGAUGUGAAUGGGGAGUAUCUUCCUCCAUUUCUCUUCAGGUUUCAGAAAGCACCCAUUUUCACCAAUAAUCUUAAGAUGUGAUAGUGUGUUAGUAUUUGAAGGAAUCGAAUAAAGAUUUACACUAGUGUAACUUUCACACUCAUAGUCAAACGAUAGACUUUCCAAGGAACCAUGUUGUACUUUUCUACUGGGGCAGAAGUUCUUAGAAUAAGCACCUGUGCAGUGAUGCACCUUGCAGCCUUAUUUGUAGUAGGGAAAACAUAGAACCCUAUUAACUGAAUCUCUCCCAGGACAUCUUUGACACACUAUGCUUUUCUACAUUAGGAAAUUUAUAUUUAGUCAAUAGACUGUAUACUACUCAAGAGUUAAGACAUUAAAUUUUAUUUAAGGCAUCUAAUUAAAUUUUAUCUGAGGAAAAUGUCUCUGAUGAUGAGAGUAGAAAUCUAGAUGUCUCUAUUCGCAAAACGUAAAUAAGAUAAUGAGAAUACUGUCAGCAUGGUGUGCCCCGGGAAACCUCAUGAAGAGAAUGUCAUGUGGUGUUAUAUUGCCCUUGGAGCUAUGCCUUCAGGGCUCAACUUUCUGGUUUCUAGUACCCACUCUGGAGCUUCGAUACUCCAGGCCUGCCUCUGUCUUUGCAACCAGGAAUAAAACAAUGGUUUUGUUUGUGUUUGUUUCUUCGUUUGUUUAAGAUUGUAUUUAUCUACUCAGGAGAGACAUACAGAGAUAGGCAGAGACACAUGCAGAAGGAGAAGCCGGCUCUUUGCAGGGAGCCCGAGUGGGACUCCAUCUGAGGACCCCAGGAUCAGGCCCUGAGCUGAAGGCAUAGGCUAAACCACUGAGCCACCCUGGUGUCCCUAAAACAAUGGUUCCAAAGUGUCCUGGAACACAGCUCUUCAAAAGAGAUGUCUACAAACCCCUCUUCACUUCUCUUCCGUGCUCCGUGGAACCCAUCUGGGACAGCUCCAAACCGUGGGCUCCAUGGGGCUGGCUUCCCUGAGGGUAGUGCAUCAGCAGCAGCACCUCGAAACCAAGAGGAAGGUAGAGAUAGUGACCUCAACCUCUACGGAGGGCUCCUCUCACUUUGCUUAGAAGUAAAACCAAGGCUAAACUUAUGGCCUAAUAACUGGCUGCAGAAAAAGGGGAAAUGGUAUCAUUUUUUAAAAACCUUUAAAUCAUGGACAAAUAGCCAAAAAUCCUGUUUAAUAAUGAAAUCACAUCUCUUGAUGAUUCAAGACAAGGCUGAACUGAUUUCAAGUCCUGGGCCAGGUUGAAGAUAAUUCCUGUGCUGUGAUAACAAAGAAGGAUGUGUUUUCUGAGAAAUGUUGCAAUCAGAGUUCCUGGAUUUGUCAACACGAUUGCUGAAGAUGACCUCUAAACUGAUCCCAGUUUAUCCUUCCCAUAAAAACAAUUCACAAGGACUUUGUAAUUUAUGUGUUUUUGCUGAAUCACAUUAUUUUGGCAACAAAUAUUAUGGUGAUGAUAAUAAUGGUGUAGAUUUGUGUCACUAUCAAUCUGGGUAAUCAGCCUCAUCAACUCAUCCCCUAGCUCGUCACUAGUGCUGUAUUUCCACAGUUAUAUCCCAUUCAAUAUGGUGGCUAUUUUAGACAGAAACUAUCCCUUAGUCUGCUCAAUAAUUCUCUCCCUGGGCACUGGGUGACUUAGUGCCUUAAGAUCAGACUCUUGGUUUUGGCUCAUGAUCAUGAUCUUGGGGUCAUGGGAUAGAGCCGUCCCCCGGGAUAGGGGGUGAGGAGUCUGCUUGGGAUUUUUUCUUCCUUCCUCUCUGCCCCUCCUCCCUCUCUAUCACCCUCUCUAAAUAAAUAAAAAAAUUUUUAAUGUAGGGAAAAUUCUCUCCCUACAUCUCUUAUUCACAUUAGCAAAGGAGCUAUUAUUUUUUAAAGAGAAUCGAUCAGAUAUAUUCAUGAACUUUCUAAUACUAAGUGUACACACUUACCUGCAUCUUACUUAUUUCCUUUUCCUCUUCUCCUAUUUCUGAAAAAGAGGUAUCCCUCUGUCUGUCUAAAUCAAAUCUCUGAGUCUACAGUUGGGAUUGUGUCUCUUUUAAUUUUUUCAAGGGGAUUCCUUCCUCCAACCUUUCUCUUUUUCUACCUCCUUUUCUUUCAGCAAUGAAACAUGCAAAAGCACAAGAAAAGUUUCCCUGAACCACAUGUGGUUUCUAGUUUCUGCCCAGUUUCUCCCACCUCUUUUAAGUCAAACUUCCUAGAAAUUAUUUCUUCUUGCUUUUUCCUCUUUCCACCUCCUACUCCAGGUUCUUCUAAAAUCUGGUUUCUGCUUUUCCUAUUUCACUAAAGUAUUCUCAUUAUGUCACAAAUGCCUUUCUUCUGGCAAAGCACAAUGAGGAUUUUUUAGCUUUCAUUUUAACUCUCAGCAGUGUUGCUCAUUAUUGACCUAUCUUCCAGAAAUAUUCUGUAACCUCAGCAUCUAUGACACAAUGCUCUCUUAAACCUGUAUGUAGGUUUUCUGCUAUUGCUCCUCAGUUUUUUCUCAAGCAUCUCUUCUUCUGAUCUCUUCAAAACUGACAUUCUUCAGAGUUUGGGGAGAUCCUCUAUCAUACACAAUUCUUGGCUCAACCCAUCCAUGCUCUAAGUUUGAUUGUAAUCAAUAUAUUAAUAACUCCCAAACCCAUAUUUCAAACUCAGACCUUAUUACAGCUGUUUGCCCACUUGAUAUCUCUAUUGGACAUCUUAAAACCUCUCAGUCUUCACAUGUUAAAAAUUAAACUCAUUAGCCUAGUGAAUGGCAGCAACGUGACCAUUAGUCCAAGUCAGACUCCCUGGAGUCAACCCUGACUUCUUUCUUUUCGCCUUCAGUAAGAGAAUGAAUUAUUUUUUUAUCACAUAAUUAUUUCUGAAUCCAUCUACAUAGUUUCAUACCCACCAUAUGGCCCUGGAUUCCUGCAACAGUUGUUUUUGUGUGCUUCUAGCUUUGUCUGCCAAAGUCCAUUCUCCAUAUCAUGACGAGUGAUUGUCUAAACCUCCUAACAGGCUACAUUGCUCACUACUUAAUUCCCUUUAGGGGCUUUCCAUUGAUUCAAUCUUUGACCCUCUCCUACCAAUCCUUUGUGUCUUGGCUCCUCUUCAUUUCUCCCCCACCACUAUGCUUGUAAUAAUGCAGACACCUUAAACUUUUUCAGUUUCUCAAAUGUGUCAUGCUUUCUCUUGCCUUGAAUCUAAUCAGAUGUUUGCCUCCACUUGACAUUCUUCCCUUUCUUACUCGCCUGUUUAACUCUUGCUUAUUUUUCAGAUGGCCAGUUAAAUAAGUGCAAAAUUUGGUGGAAAAUAAUUCUUUAACCAUUCCCCUCUCCAGACUAAAUUAUAUGCACUUGGUGUAUAUUCUCACAAUUUCCUGUACUUAACCAAUCUUAACAUUUAAUACCCUAUUUUUUUUGGCCAUUGUUUAAUUAUUUGUAUUUAUUAAUGUACUGUAAACUCUGGAAGACAAUGAUCUUCACUGAGUGGGUGAGACAAGGUGCCUGAUGCUUGAUGGUUAGUAAAUAAGUACUUGUUAUGUUGUUGAGAUUAUUUGUAACAUGUUUUAUUGUUUCCCCAGCAUAAUUUUUCCUAGUUGUACAGAGUUUCCCUUAGUUUAGAUAAUACUUAUCUGUAUAGAGAGAAAUAAACCACUCUUUUGUUUUUUUCAUUAAA